AUGUCUACAGUUUUGGAGCUGCCCUUCCGACCGGACAACCAGCUGACGGAGGUGAUGCGACUGCGUGUUCAGUCUCUGCAGCAGCGAGGCCAGAAGAGGCAGGAUGGCGAACGUCUGCUGCUGCCCAACGAGGCCGUUUACCGACUGGACUUCCCCAAACAGUCCCUCCGAUUUUCACACUGGACGGUGCAGCUGGCCCAGGCGGGAUGCCUCACCAUAACAGCCACCUCUCAGCUCUGGACGCCUGACCUCACCAAUCUGAUGACACGUCAGCUGCUGGAGCCCGCCGGAGUUUUCUGGAAGUCGCAGAGCGAUGCCAGCGAUGCACCAGUCCGCUUCUACGAGGCGGACGCACACGAGUUUGGCGAGAGGAUUGCAGAGCUGGCUAAGGUAAGGAAGGUGAUGUACUUCCUGUUUGCAUUUGCAGAAGGCUGCAACCCUGAGACUGUCGACAGCUCCAUCACCUUCACGGUGGAGAGCUGAGACCUGGCAAUCGAACAAUCGGGGAGACACUUGCUACAAACUCUUCUUCUGUUUUUUGUGUUUAGUUGAGGAAGGCCAAGUGAAGGUGACUGUAAACUGUACACUUCUGCUACUGAACUUCUUGAUCACAAAGGGUGUUGCUUUGUGUCCUUGUAUCCUCUGGUGUUGAGCUUAAACAUGGCUAAAUGCAAAUAAAACUAAUUAAUCUAAAAGGUGCAUCUGUAUUUUCUUAACUAGUUUCUGAACACAGAUCAUUCUCCUCCUGUUUGACAAUCAGCCCGCCCUGAUGGGUUUAGUAGAAACGACAUGAGACGGUGUGUAUUUGUGUGUAUGGAUGUGGUUUUUUCCCCAGUGGAC